AUAUUUCAGCGCCAAGAAGAUUACUUACUCACCGGUGAAGAGUAUCGAAAGUAUGCUGAAAAACUCUUUAAAUUUAAACUGAUCCAGGUGAAAAAGUUUACCAAUUUCAAGGACAAAAAGGCAGAUUAUCGUGAGAAGCAACUUGAUCAAGCUUUGAAGGAUUCAGGUGUGCCUCUGAAAAUGAAGGAAGUGCUCAAUAAGAAUGAGAAGGCACCAGCGGGUUUGGCUUUGAUCCACAUCGAAUCCGCUGAUCCGCGUUUCCAUAAGCGUAGCUUCGUCAUGAAUCCACAAGGAAAAUCAUCAAUAACGGUGCUACACGAAUAUUCACAACGAGCCUUGAAAGGUCGAACUAUCUAUCAUAUAGAAGAGACGAGGAACGCUACUAAGCCAUUCCAUGCUACGGGUAUUGUAGUAGUCAAGAAAUCAGUGCGGGUUCAAAUUGCUGGUACUGUCAAAGAUAAACUAGCUUUAUUGGGAGCCAGCAAUGGCGAAAACGGGGAUAAUGCUGACGAAGACUCCAUAAUAGUCGGUCGCGGCGAAGGACCAAGCAAGCGGGUUGCGAAAAUGGUAGCUGCAAAGCAGGCACUCGCG